AUGGGAACUGUCUCGGACACUAAUAAAGUAGAGGACUACCUUAUGGGUACUGUCUCGGACACUAAUAAAGUAGGGGACUACCAUAUGGGUAUUGUCUCGGACUCUAAUAAAGUAGAGGACUACCUUAUGGGAGCAGGUGGAUGGGAAGCGUGGGGUCCCUGGGGCGCAUGCUCUGUCACAUGCGGAACAGGAAGCAUAAAGAGAAGCAGGAAGUGUGACAGUCCAGCUCAAAUGGGUGGUGGCACUUAUUGUGAGGGUGUUACUUCUGAGGUAACGCCCUGUGUUUUGACACCUUGUGCAGUGGAUGGUAUGUGGGGAAGCUGGGAACAAUGGGGUGUGUGUUCCGCUACCUGUGAGUCGGGUCUACAGUUAAGGAAUCGUACAUGUGACAAUCCUGCACCAAAUCAUGGCGGAAUCGACUGUCAGGGUAGAUGGAGGGACUCCACAAUCUGUACUUUAUCAACCUGUCCAGUUCAUGGAGGUUGGGAAUCAUGGAAGAGCUGGAGUGCAUGCGCAUUAGUCAACCGAAAUGUGAGAAGAACAAGAUGUCGCACGUGCACUAAGCCCACUCCCGCCCACGGGGGAGAUUACUGCCCUCAUCGCCCAAGGCAGUCGGAGAAUUGUGACAUUCCAAAAUCAGCUGUCCGGCGCCCGUGUCGAUGCCCAUUAUCGCGAGUUGCUGAGAUUAAGAACAUAAGUGCAGAGGAACUGAUAGUUUUGGUGAAGGAAAUCAAAGAUGAGCUGGCCGUGGACGUAUCUAAGCUUUCAAAGACUAUCGGAAAGAAAGUAUCGGCCAGAGAUUCCAGAGUGUCAACAAAAACCAUUGGAGUUGUAGGAUCUGUCCUACUGAUCAUUCCGUUCGUACUUGUCAUUGGUCUGGAUUGUGUUAACCUUUAUCGCUACUUCAGGAAUGAACAGGACAAAGUAAUAUCACUACAGUAA